AUGACUGAUAGAAAUAUUAAGUUUCUUGUAGAUGAGAUGCACAGUAAAUUAUGUACUUGGCUUCGAUUACUUGGCUUUGAUAGUAAAGGAAGUAAAGACUAUGAAGAGAAAUAUGGCAAAAGUGUAAUGGAUAAAUACCUCAUUAUAGAAGCAUUAGAAGAAGGAAGAGUCUUAUUGACAGGAGACAAACAAAUGUACGAAAUUAUUACUGAUAAAGCUAAACGUCAAAAUAAAACCUUACAAUAUAAAGGGAAAGAAAUUCCACAUGCUGUAAAAAUUAAACAAGACACUCCAAUAAAUCAAUUAAUUGCAUUACAUACAAUUAUUCCAUUAGAUUAUGAACUAAAUUUUAAUGAAAUGUGUUGUUCUGUUUGUGGUGGUAAAAAUAAGAAAGUAGAAGAUAAAAAAGAAAUUAAAGACAAAGUGUUAGAAAGUGUUUACAAUGAAGUUAAUGAGUUUUGGAUUUGUUCUAAAUGUAACAAAGUUUUUUGGGUUGGUAGUCAAACAAAGCAUAUUAUUGAAACUUAUAAUAAACUGAUAAGUAGUUUAAAUAAUAAGAUUGAAUCUAAUUAA